AUGACAAGAGUUGAGAAGAUUCCCAAGGAAAAAUGCGACAAGAUUAUAUGGGAUUCUGAUAUCAUUUUGAACUACAACGUGAGCCUUAUUUUGACGGUUAGCUUAAAAGGAUGUGGGAUCACUAGUAUACAGAAAGCUGCGGAGGCUGCUCCUGAAUCGAGGCCCAAUAAAACCCUCAUCAUUAUUGAUUCUGGGAUUUACAGAGAGAAGGUAACGGUGCAUGCGAGCAAAACAAAUUUGAUAUUGCAAGGUCAAGGAUAUCUAAACACCGUCAUAGAAUGGAAUAAUACUGCCCAUUCUACAGGAGGGACUUCUAAAAGUUACUCUGUUGGAGUCUUUGCUUCUAAAUUUCUAGCUUAUAACAUUAGUUUUAGAAACACGGCCCCACCACCAUCACCAGGAGAGGAAGGAGCACAGGCUGCGGCUUUAAGAGUGAUGGGUGAUGAACUAGCAUUCUACGGAUGUGGAAUGUAUGGUUUUCAAGCCACCCUCUAUGAUCACAGUGGAAGACAUUACUUCAAAGAAUGUUUCAUACAAGGUUCCGUUGAUUUCAUAUUUGGAAAUGCUAGAUCUCUUUAUGAGGAUUGCACAAUAAAUUCUGUAGAAAAAGGAGGGUCUAUUACAGCUCAUGGGAGAGAGUCAAAGAAAGAAGAAAGUGGGUUUUCGUUUGUCAAUUGUAAGAUUGAUGGAAGUGGCAAGGUAUUGUUGGGAAGAGCAUGGCGGGCUUAUGCCACCGUCGUCUUCUCAACAACAUAUAUGUCUAGUGUUGUAGCCCCUGAAGGAUGGAGUAAUUGGGGUAAUUCUGACAGAAACAAGACUGUCUUUUUUGGAGAAUAUCACUGUUUUGGAGAUGGAGCCAACUAUUCGCCUAGAGUCUCAUAUGGAAAGCAACUUAAAGACUAUGAAGCAGCUCAUUUCACGAAUAUUUCGCAUAUCAAUGGAAGUGAUUGGCUUCCAAACCAUAAAAAGUAGAUGUUUUUCCUUUUUUUUUUUUUCUCAACUAGUUGAUUUUUGAACGUUGUUACUCCUGUCAGUAUGUGGGGACAAUGUAAAUUUUAUGUAUAUUUAA